UUUCCCCGCUGGCUGCGUUUGGCUCUCCGAAGCCAUUUUGGACUCAGUUCAGUUCGGUGCGGGUCGGAAUCCGGGCGACCAGAAGCUGCACAGGCGGACAGGUUCUGCAGGACCUGCCGGAGAUCGGGUUGCUUAUUUGGGGGGCGUCAGUGUGGAUUAUCCGUCGUUCCUGAUGGCUUUAAAUCGGGCUCAAGUUUGACUGAGAGCCGCUGGUGUGGACAUCAGGCCGACGGUCACUCGGGCUCCAGAGCGCGCGUGUGCGUGUGGUGUGUGAGUGUGCGUGUGUUUUUCAGUGAGUGAGUGUGUGUGAUCGGUUUAAAUGUGUGCGAGGCAGAGGACGCCGAACAGGAGUAAAUCCGGGCUGUUUUUGGUCUGAUCAGAGGAAUAUGUUCGCUUCUCUGCUCACUUUGGCACUUCUUCUGGCAACUUUCGCUGCAGGCCCCAGUCAUGGCGAGGUGGACACGCGGGAGUGUUUGUACUUUAACGUUAACUGGGAGGUGGAGAAGACGAACCGUAGCGGUGUGGAGCGAUGUGAAGGUGAGAACGACAAGCGCUCGCACUGCUACGCCUCCUGGAGGAACAACUCCGGCUCCAUUCAGCUCGUCAAGAAGGGCUGCUGGCUCGACGACUUCAACUGCUACGACAGGCAGGAGUGUGUGGCCACAGAGGAGAAUCCUCAGGUGUUUUUCUGCUGCUGUGAAGGAAACUUCUGCAAUGAGAGAUUCACACACCUGCCAGACAUCAGUGGACCAGAGAUCUCUCCUCCUCCAGUGUCUCCAUCUCUGCUGAAUGUGUUGGUUUACUCUCUGCUGCCGCUUUCUAUGCUCUCCAUGGCUGUGCUGUUGGCCUUCUGGAUGUACCGACACCGAAAACCUCCAUACGGACAUGUGGAUGUCAAUGAGGAUCCAGGUCCAUCUCCUCCUUCUCCUCUGGUAGGUCUGAAGCCUCUGCAGCUGCUGGAGGUUAAAGCUCGCGGACGCUUCGGCUGCGUCUGGAAGGCUCAGAUGAUCAAUGAAUUUGUAGCCGUCAAGAUUUUCCCCAUACAGGAUAAGCUGUCGUGGCAGAACGAGCGGGAGAUGUUUUCCACUCCGGGAAUGAAACAUGAUAACCUGCUGCGCUUCAUCGCCGCCGAGAAACGCGGAUCUAACCUGGAGAUGGAGUUCUGGCUCAUCACUGAGUUUCAUGAGCGGGGCUCUCUGACGGACUAUCUGAAGGGGAAUGCAGUAAGCUGGGCUGAUUUGUGUGUGAUAGCGGAGAGCAUGGCCUGUGGUCUGGCAUACCUGCAUGAAGACGUGCCGCGCUUCAAAGGAGAAGGCCCCAAACCUGCCAUCGCACACAGAGACUUCAAGAGUAAGAAUGUGAUGCUGAAGAUGGACCUCACUGCAGUCAUUGGGGAUUUUGGACUGGCGGUGCGAUUUGAGCCGGGGAAACCACCGGGAGACACACACGGCCAGGUGGGCACGAGGAGGUACAUGGCCCCAGAGGUGCUGGAAGGAGCCAUAAACUUCCAGCGGGACUCUUUUCUCCGGAUAGACAUGUACGCUAUGGGCCUGGUGCUGUGGGAGCUGGUGUCACGCUGCAAAGCUUCUGAUGGUCCUGUGGACGAGUACAUGUUGCCGUUUGAGGAGGAGAUCGGUCAGCACCCAUCGCUGGAGGAUCUGCAGGAUGCUGUGGUCCAUAAGAAGCUGCGGCCGGUGUUUAAGGACUGCUGGCUCAAGCAUUCAGGUCUGUGUCAGAUGUGCGAGACCAUGGAGGAGUGCUGGGAUCAUGACGCAGAGGCUCGUCUGUCGGCCGGCUGUGUGCAGGAGCGCAUCUCUCAGAUCCGCCGUGUCAGCAGCUCCACCUCAGACUGCCUGUUCUCCAUGGUGACCUCGCUCACCAACGUGGACCUGCCGCCCAAAGAGUCCAGCAUCUAAACACUCAGAGAAAAACAAAACAAACACACACCCACCCUCAAGCAGCUGCUAUUUUACCACAACCCUUUUUUUAAACUGUCCUCGUUACUGUUGUUUAUUAUUAUUAUUAUUAUUAUUUUUAUUUUUCUGAUCGGAUCAGCAACUUUACCAGCACACUUACUCUUCUCUACUGUAUUUUUAUCAUCGGAGCAAACGCGACGAAGCGUGCAUUCAGGUGCCGACGAAUGAAUGCUGACGCUGCAGGUACCUCAAGGUUUAUCUGGUGUUGUGUUUUUCCUCUUCUUCUUCUGGAUGGCUGAGCAGUGCUGCAGACCCGCGGGGAUCAUCAUGACUGUUACACAAAGCUAGCUCCUCUGGGUUUAUUUUCUCUCUCUCUCUCCGACAGUGAAACGUGUCUUUCGGAGCUAACGGGUGUUCAGGAACACCACACCACAACACAGCCGGCGGUUUUGGAUGAUUUUGUGGUGGUUUCUCUCCCACGGCUGGCUCAUCUGCGUGUGCAGAUUUCAGAGCAUUUAGUUCGGUACAGGAAUCUUUCUCAGGGAUCCAGAGUCGAGGGGUCCAUGACUGCCUUUUUCCCGCAUCAGUAUAGGACAGAGAUCGGUUUAUAAUGCCAAUUACCUACGAGGGCUGGGACCAUAAAUCGUGCAUUGUGAAUCGAGAGAUGAUUCUGCGUGGACUGUUCUGAAUGCAUUGUGAUUCUCUUUUGAAUGGAUUCUGAGGUUAGUUUUUACCAGCAGACGGCGCUGUGUGUUUUACAAACAGAUUCCUUACAUAUUCGAGCAUGGCAUUUUCAUUAGUCAAUUAUGGAAUGAGGUUUAAGCGAAAAACAAGAAUCAGAAUUAAUAUUGUGAGUUAAUUCGACCACUUAACAAUAAGCCUAGAGCACCAUCUGCUGUUCAAAGCUAGCAUAGAGCACCAUCAGCUGUUCAAAGCUAGCGUAGAGCACCAUCUGCUGGUGAAAACCAGGCUAGAGUUCCAUUUGCUGUUUUUAAACUAGCCUAGAGCACCAUCUGCUAUUUUAAAACUAGCCUAGAGUGACGUCUGCUGUUUUAAAACUAGCCUAGACCACCAUUCGCUAUUUUAAAACUAGCCUAGAGCAUUAUCUGUUGUUUUAAAACUAGCCUUGAGCGCCAUCCGCUGUUUUAAAACUAGCCUAGAGCUCCAUCCGCUGUUUUAAAACUAGCCUAGAGCUCCAUCCGCUGUUUUAAAACUAGCCUAGAGCGCCAUCUGCUGUUUUUAAACUAGCCUAGAGCACCAUCUGCUAUUUUAAAACUAGCCUAGAGUGACGUCUGCUGUUUUAAAACUAGCCUAGAGCACCAUUCGCUAUUUUAAAACUAGCCUAGAGCAUUAUCUGUUGUUUUAAAACUAGCCUAGAGCGCCAUCCGCUGUUUUAAAACUAGCCCAGAGCUCCAUCCGCUGUUUUAAAACUAGCCUAGAGCUCCAUCCGCUGUUUUAAAACUAGCCUAGAGCGCCAUCUGCUGUUUUUAAACUAGCCUAGAGCGCCAUCCGCUGUUUUAAAACUAGCCUAGAGCAUUAUCUGUUGUUUUAAACUAGCCUAGAGCGCCAUCCGCUGUUUUAAAACUAGCCUAGAGCAUUAUCUGUUGUUUUAAAACUAGCCUAGAGCGCCAUCCGCUGUUUUAAAACUAGCCUAGAGCGCCAUCUGCUGUUUUUAAACUAGCCUAGAGCGCCAUCCGCUGUUUUAAAACUAGCCUAGAGCAUUAUCUGUUGUUUUAAAACUAGCCUAGAGUGCCAUCCGCUGUUUUAAAACUAGCCUAGAGCAUUAUCUGUUGUUUUAAAACUAGCCUAGAGCGCCAUCCGCUGUUUUUAAACUAGCCUAGAACGCCUUCUGCUGUUUUAAACUAGCCUAGAACGCCUUCUGCUGUUUUAAACUAGCCUAGAGCACCAUUCGCUAUUUUAAAACUAGCCUAGAGCAUUAUCUGUUGUUUUAAAACUAGCCUAGAGCGCCAUCCGCUGUUUUUAAACUAGCCUAGAGCGCCUUCUGCUGUUUUAAAACUAGCCUAGAGCGCCGUCUGCUGUUUUAAAACUAGCCUAGAGCAUUAUCUGUUGUUUUAAAACUAGCCUAGAGCGCCAUCCGCUGUUUUUAAACUAGCCUAGAGCGCCAUCCGCUGUUUUAAAACUAGCCUAGAGCAUUAUCUGUUGUUUUAAAACUAGCCUAGAGCGCCAUCCGCUGUUUUAAAACUAGCCUAGAGCAUUAUCUGUUGUUUUAAAACUAGCCUAGAGCGCCAUUCGCUAUUUUAAACUAGCCUAGAGCGCCAUCCGCUGUUUUUAAACUAGCCUAGAGCGCCUUCUGCUGUUUUAAAACUAGCCUAGAGCACCAUUCGCUAUUUUAAAACUAGCCUAGAGCAUUAUCUGUUGUUUUAAAACUAGCCUAGAGCGCCAUUCGCUAUUUUAAACUAGCCUAGAGCGCCAUCCGCUGUUUUUAAACUAGCCUAGAGCGCCUUCUGCUGUUUUAAAACUAGCCUAGAGCACCAUUCGCUGUUUUAAAACUAGCCUAGAGCAUUAUCUGUUGUUUUAAAACUAGCCUAGAGCACCAUUCGCUAUUUUAAACUAGCCUAGAGCUCCAGCCGCUGUUUUAAAACUAGCCCAGAGCGCCGUCUGCUAUUUUAAACUAGCCUAGAGCACCAUCCGCUGUUUUAAAAACUAACAUCAGAAUUGAUUCAGGGUGAAUUGAAAUGCAUUUUGAAAAUCUCAGAAAUGAUCCACAAAUCUCAAUGCAUCAAAUUAUCGCCCCAGCCAGGUUAUCUACACAGAACAUGCAAGACUGUGUGUGUGUGUUGGUGUCCGUGUGUGUGCGUGUGUGCUGAGAAGUUGUUGAUAUAGAAAAAACAAAAAGACUCUAAAAAGUGUGCGCGGCUGAAAGUAAGUGUUUGUUUCGGUCGUCUAGUUUCUCUUGUAAUGAUGCAAUGUGUUUUUUUUUUGGCGUCUGGAGUGAAGGAUUGGCGAAUUAAUCCUCAUCCAGACUGGAAAGGGGGAAUUCUGGGUCACGUUUUACCUCAAAAUUAAAAAGAAAAAAAAACAACAAAUAAUAUUUUUUAGAAUUGAAAGGAAUAUUAAGAUCUUUUUUUUGGAUUGUGGCAUUAAUUUGAAGAGCGCUAAGCACAUUUUCCUUCAAAUUCUUAUGAGCGAAACGAAUCCAAAUAGUCUUCAUUUUUACUGCUGGUGAUUUUCAUUAUUUUCAAUGAUUAUUAUUACAGUAAU